AUGGCACAACCAAACGUCCCAGCAACAGACCCCGCAGUGUACGACGCCUACAAGGAGAAAUGGGCUGCUCUCCCUGACUCCGCAGACGCAUGGCUUGCACGAGCGCAUGAAGUGGCUGAAAUUCUUGGCCAGGAUGCAGCUCAACGAGAUCAAGACAACAAGUCACCUCGUGCAGAGGUCGCCUUACUGAAGCAUUCCGGUCUGUUGAAGCUUCUGGGGCCGAAGAAGUAUGGCGGCGGAGAACAGCCGUGGCAUGUGGGCUACAAGGCGAUCCGAGAAGUGGCCAAGGGGGACGGGUCCAUUGGCAUGCUUCUCGGAUAUCAUCUCCUCUGGUCGACGACCGCCAAUGUGGUUGGAACUGCCGAACAAGCCGAUCGUCUACAGGAACUGAUCAUCACGAACAACUUUUUCGUCGGAGGAGCGGUUAAUCCUCGGGACAAUGACUUGAAGAUAACUGCAGAAGGUGACUCGAUCGUCUUCAACGGGUUCAAGCACUUCAAUACUGGUGGUGUGGUUUCCGACCUUACGGUCCUUGAAGGCGUGCUGGACGGAACCCAGGACCAUAUAUUUGCCAUUGUGGAAACUAAUCAGCCCGGCAUUCAAUUCGCACACAACUGGAAGAAUAUUGGUCUGCGGUUGACAGAAUCUGGGAGCGUUAAGAUCGAGAAUGUGCGUGCAUCUUGGACCGAUGCAUUAGGAUGGGACGCAACGAGCAAAAGACCAGUCGCAGAGGUUCUCACCAUUCCCUUUGCCUCUUUGUUUCUACCUACAAUUCAACUGGUCUUCAGCAACUUCUACCUCGGAAUCGCCAUCGGCGCCCUCGAGUUCGCAGCCAAGUAUACUGCCACGUCCACACGCCCCUGGCCCUAUGGCGGGGACAACAAGGACGCCGCCACGGACGAGUUCUACAUCCUCGAACGGUACGGGAACUUCUUUGCACAUCUGCGUGCGGCAGAAGCACUUGCCGACAGAGCAGGCGAUCAACUUUCAGCGCUGUACGAACGUCAUUCAGGCGAUCGGUCCAAGGUGACAGCUGAGGAACGAGGGGAAGUGGCUGAAUGGAUCGCAAGUGUGAAGGUGGUCACUACAGAUGUCGGACUUCGAGUCACGUCCGGCAUAUUCGAGGUGACUGGCGCGCGAGCGACGUCGCUGAAGGUGGGGCUGGACAGGUUCUGGAGGGAUAUUAGGACGCACACCUUGCAUGACCCCGUGGCGUACAAGAACCGGGAGCUCGGCAGAUAUGUGCUACUGCAUGAGUACCCGGAGCCUACAUGGUAUACUUAG